AUGGAUAGUGAGUUUUAAUAGUAUACUUAACCUAUUUGGGUGCUUACGAAUUAGGCUUUUCGCAAAGCUGCUUAUACAAAGCAAAUCUAGAAUUUAAAUGGAUUUUAAGAUUUCGAAUCAAUAGUAGAAUAUCAAGACCUCAUAUUUCCACUUCUUUAGAAUGAAGCCUAUCAUUCAUUGAAAAGAGAGUAAUCAAGAUUUUUGGACGAUUUAAAGGAUCGUGUUUAAUACCCUCUUGUUUUUGAAGUGAUAUUUAAUUAAGAAGCAGAUCGAAGUAAAGAGGAUGGUGUUAGGUUUGAUGUUUUGAAGGAAUAUAAAAUAAUGAAAGAUGAAUAGCCUGCUAAGAAUGAAUUUUGGAAAUAUAAUCACUUUGCACAAUAUUUAAUUUUUAAACAAUCAUAGCAAUAUUUUGGUGCAGUAUAUUCUAGAAAUCCAAAUCAACCAAGUCAAUACUUUACUUCUUUGGCUAUCUAUUAAAAAAAGCAAGGCGAAGAAUCAUUAAUAUUCCCUUAUAAUAAAUAGGUGAUGGAUAUGUUUAAAUUUAAAAAUAUAGUUACUGCUGAUGAAAAUUUGACUAUUUAUAAAAAUUACGCUAAUGAUACAUCUCAAAUUUGGGAUUAAAGAUUAAAUGUGUAUUUUUAACCCAUUAGCCCUUUGAGCGCAUACUUGAAUGAAACAGAAACUAUUUUCAACCUUAAGCAGUGCAUAUUUUAUAAACUAUUACUUCGUCCAUGUUAAGAAUUAAAUCAAGUUUAAAUUUCAGAUUUUUGCGAGAAGGCGAGGGUUCAAUAGGAAUUAUAUUUUAAUAAUUUUACAUAUUCAAAACAAUUUAAUGAAAAUUAAUUACGAGCAAUCAGAAAUGCUUUAGAUUUUACUAAAAGGGUAAAUUAUAAUAAUUAACAUCAUAGUUUACAAUUAUUAAAGGUCCUCCAGGAACAGGAAAGACAUAAACCACUAUUGGUAUUAUAUCCAUAAUGGCGGAUUUAUUAAUAAGAUCAAAGGAUAUUUCUCAAGGAUGUAUUCUGGUAUUAGCAAAAUCAAAUAGUGUUGUCAAUGAUUUAAUUAGAAAAAUUAGGAACAGUAUUGAUACACCAAAUUCUAUUAUUUACUGCUUUGAUAACAAACCGGAUAAAUUAAAGAUACUUCGUUUUGGAAGACCAGAAAAAUGUGAUUAAGAUAUCUAAAGAUAGAGCUUAGAAAUAAGAUCUUAAAAUCAUUUUUUUUAAUUCAAAGCUAAGGAUGAUGUUCGAGAAUUUUACAAUAAGUACAUAACACCUGAAAUCAAAUCUGAACUUAAAAUUCAUGAUCUGUAAGAGUUUACACAUUAUUUGAAAGAAACCGAAUAAUAAUUUACUCUUAUAUCUUUAUUAAGUUAUAUAGAAGAAUUAAAUUUUAGAACUCGCAAAUAGAAAAUAUUGGAAGCAUAUGGAAAAUUAUAUGAAUAAUUAUCCUAAUUAUUAAAGCUGAAGAAGAAGGUAUACGAAGAAAUAGAAUAAGAUUACUUAGAUUAAGUAUUAAAUAUUAUUAAUUAAUUAGUGUCAUAUUAUAGUUUCAACCCUUAACAGUUGUUCUAAACUCUGUUUGGAAAAAUACUUUGAUAAGGUAAAAUUAAGAAUGUGCAUUAUUGAUGAAGCACCAACUGCUUUAGAACCUUCUUUACUUAUACCUUUUGUAAAAUAUCGGAUAAUUGAAAAAGUUGUUUUGCUGGGGGAUAUAAAAUAACUCAACCCAAUAGUUAUUGCAAAUGAAUCCAUAAAUUAUGGUUAUAAUAGAUCUUUGUUCUAAAGAUUAGCAAAGGGAUUGAAAAGGGAUUCAAUAAAGCUGAUACAUUAAUAUAGAUAAAUGCCAAACCUUGCUGAAAUUACUUCUUAAUUAUUUUAUAAAGGUUAAUUGAAAAAUGGAAUCGAUAAUAUGUAAUUCCCAGAAUGGAUUUAAAUGAAAUUAUCUUAGACGCGCAAUAGACUGUUUUUCAGCGCUCCUGCAUUCACUGAAAGCAACGAAGAAACUAGUAAAAAAAAUGAUUUAGAAUGCUUAGCAAUUAUACUUCUGACUAAAUACCUAUUACAAGGGUAGAAUUUCCCUAAAAAUUAAAAACCAAUUACUAUUAUAAGUGCUUAUAGAGCUUAAACAGAAAAUAUAUACAAGAAGUUAUAAUAGGAAGCAUUGACAUAAGAAAAUGAUUAAAUACAUUUAAUAGACUAAGUUGAAUUAGACACAGUAGAUUCAUUUUAAGGAAAAGAAAAUGAUAUAAUAAUUUUAUCACUUGUACGAUCAAAUGAUAAAUAAGGAUUUUUAAAAGAUAAGAAAAGAGCUAAUGUAGCUUUGUCGAGAGCAAAAUAUUGUUAAUAUAUUUUUGGAACCAAACAGACUAUGAAGUUAGAUUUGAGAAAUUGGAAUAAAAUAAUUAGAAAACUGGAAGGUUGUAACGAAAUUAUUAGUUAUAAUUAAUAAUUAUUAUAAAACCCAUAGUUCUUUGAGAAUGUCUUAAUGGCAUAAUGA